UUCCCGGAACUGUAGGAAGUCAGAGGGAAUUUUAUCCUGCACAUCUGUUGCUUGACAAAGAACUUCCCAAUCCUCCUCCGAGCCCUCCAGUCCCUAGCCCAGUUCGCCCGGGCCCGCCCCUAGCAACAAGAUCGCGGGGAGGGGCCGAGGCGAAACACGAGCCCCGCGCCCACCACCCCAGCUGGCGACGUGGCUCCGCGGCCCCGGCUUCCCCCGGCAGCUCAGCGACCAAUGGGCGCGCGAGCGGGGCCGCCCGCAGCUUCCCAGCCCGAGGCCCCGGCGCGCCCCUCUGCUCCGGCUCGGGGCGGGCACUGGCGGAGGGACUGGCCAGUCCCCUCCUCCGCGCCGGCCCCAACCCUGUCGCUGCCGCCGCGCUCCAAGCCCCCAUUCCCGAGCUGCCGCUGUUGUCGCUCGCUCAGCGUCUCCCUCCCGGCCGCCCUCUCCUCGGGACGAUGGCGCGCGGUGGCCGCGGCCGCCGCCUGGGGUUAGCCCUGGGGCUGCUGCUGGCGCUGGUGCUGGCGCCGCGGGUUCUGCGGGCCAAGCCCACGGUGCGCAAAGAGCGCGUGGUGCGGCCCGACUCGGAGCUGGGCGAGCGGCCCCCUGAGGACAACCAGAGCUUCCAGUACGACCACGAGGCCUUCCUGGGCAAGGAGGACUCCAAGACCUUCGACCAGCUCACCCCGGACGAGAGCAAGGAGAGGCUAGGGAAGAUUGUUGAUCGAAUCGACAAUGAUGGGGAUGGCUUUGUCACUACUGAGGAGCUGAAAACCUGGAUCAAACGGGUGCAGAAAAGAUACAUCUUUGAUAAUGUCGCCAAAGUCUGGAAGGAUUAUGAUAGGGACAAGGAUGAUAAAAUUUCCUGGGAAGAAUACAAACAAGCCACCUAUGGUUACUACCUAGGAAACCCUGCAGAGUUUCAUGAUUCUUCAGAUCAUCACACCUUUAAAAAGAUGCUGCCACGUGAUGAGAGAAGAUUCAAAGCUGCAGACCUCAAUGGUGACCUGACAGCUACUCGGGAGGAGUUCACUGCCUUUCUGCAUCCUGAAGAGUUUGAACAUAUGAAGGAAAUUGUGGUUUUGGAAACCCUGGAGGACAUCGACAAGAACGGGGAUGGGUUUGUGGAUCAGGAUGAGUAUAUUGCGGAUAUGUUUUCCCAUGAGGAGAAUGGCCCUGAGCCAGACUGGGUUUUAUCAGAACGGGAGCAGUUUAACGAAUUCCGGGAUCUGAACAAGGACGGGAAGUUAGACAAAGAUGAGAUUCGCCACUGGAUCCUCCCUCAAGAUUAUGAUCAUGCACAGGCUGAGGCCAGGCAUCUGGUAUAUGAGUCAGACAAAAACAAGGAUGAGAAGCUAACUAAAGAGGAAAUAUUGGAGAACUGGAACAUGUUUGUUGGAAGCCAAGCUACCAAUUACGGGGAAGAUCUCACAAAAAAUCAUGAUGAGCUUUGAUAGACACUCACCAGAAUAUGGCAGACUGUCAUAGGCAUUCUGUUAUUGUCUUGGAUUGUUGCUACAAUUGUCUAAUUUACAGCAUUUGUGAUCCCACAAAAAGCAAGUUUAUACCUCAGAUUGGGGUAUAAAAAUUGUUUUUCGCUCAGUAUUUACUGGAAAAUGGACAUCACUAGUCUUUCAGUAAGAUUGCUCUCAAAACACGUGAAAACCUUGGUAAAUUGCAAUUCUUUCUGGGGAUAUAUUGGUACAACAUGACUUAAAACUUUUUUUUUCUAUUAAAACUUAAAGGGGAGCAAAACUUGAAAAAGCCCUGUUCUUCAGAAGGUGAGUGGGUUGAGGGAGGCAGUAAUAUGAAGUGACUGCUGUGUAUUUUAACUACCAGAUUUUUUAUAUUUGCCACUGUUAAAUAGUUGGAAAGGGGAAAUUCUGAUUAAGCGAAAGUGGUAUCAUCCUAGGUAAGCUUAUUUCAGAACAAGUCUAAUAUUUCAGAUUCUUUCUUUUCGACUUUAUACUCUGAGUUAUUACUUACUGUAAGUGGUGUAUAUGAAACCUCCAUGCAUUUUCCAGUAUGGAUCUGCUAAUAUGCACAGUAAAUCCAUGUCUUUGUUUGUUUUUCUAUUAAAAAGCAAUCAAGAAAGAUAAUGUGAAAAAGAAAGGAAUUUAGAGGUAGGGAAAAGAUGAAUGUCAGACAUUUGAAGAACCAUAGUAAAAUGAUAAACACUAAAUAUACUUGAGAAAACUUUCUUAAUAUGCCAAUGAGGUAGGCCUGAUCUUUGAAAUAGUGAAUAGGAAUACAAUGCAUUUCCUCAAUGAUCACUGAUUAGAAUGAGGUGGUGGGAUCCUUGGGAAGCCAAAAGGAAGUGGAGUUCUGGAUCAUGUCCCAUCCAGUCCAGUGAAUCCACGACCCUCAGACCUGUCCCCCAGCAACAGCUUAUCCCAUGGAAUGAGGACAAGGUGAUACUCUGAGCUGUGGACUGAACUGGCAGACACAACCUGUACAGAUUGAAAUUUCACCUUGUAAGGAGGAAGUGAAUGAAAUAAAGGAUCCCCCUAAGGA